AUGAACCACCCCUCCACUCGCACCGGUCCCUCCCUGAGUUUAAGGGUAGGGGGCUGGGCGUCUCGAGCCUUCAUCCAUCCACGUGAAGAGAUGCCCGAGGAGCAAAGCAUUAGCGACACCGCAGUCUAUAAAGAUGGCGUGUAUUCAAUCCUGGGCCGCACCAGUGUGGACAUCAUCAAAAGUGGAGGCUAUAAGAUCAGCGCACUUGAUGUAGAGCGCCACCUAUUGGCUCACUCAGACAUCAUCGAUGUGGCAGUGAUCGGAGCUCCGGAUCCAGUCUGGGGUCAGAAAGUCACUGCAGUCGUGCAGCUCCAACAAGGGAAGAGUCUGACUUUAUCAGACUUAAAGAUUUGGGCUCGGGAGCACAUGGCGCCCUACACCAUUCCCGCAGGCCUGCUGCUGGUGGAGGAGAUGCCCCGAAACCAAAUGGGCAAGGUCAACAAGAAGGAGCUGCUGAGACACUUCUACCCCUGA